AGCUCAGGCCCAGGCAUUGCUGAAGACCAUACGUAGAAUUACUCAGUGUGGACCAAAGAACAACGUAUAAUAGCCUAGUAAUACAGCACCAGUUUCAGCCAAUCGAAUCCAAUGGAUAUAACAAACUUUAUAAUUGUAUGUGAAUCGUUUCACCCACCACUGACAUGCAGCCAUCUCUGGAGUGAAAUAGGCACCUGUCUGACAAUGCUACUCAGCAGUGUAGGAUCCCACUCCUAAAUUGGUAUCAGAUAGCCCAGAUAUCUGGAUCUUGUGAACUCCUCUUGAAUUGUGAACAGGAGCAGGAGUCUCUGUUUUCUAAUAGAGUUUGUUGCAGGAUCGUGGCCAAGCAGACUUGUGGACUUCCACUUUAAGUAGCAUAGGGAAUCCUAGGGAGGUAGAAUUGAAAACGCGUGCACACACACCCUCUCUUUCUCUCUCCUCACUUGUGGUCCAAGAAUAAGAAUGAGAAGUUUCCACUUUAAAGGAAAAUGUUAUAAAAAGUUAUGAGCAAGUGAAAAUAUGAAUUUAGAACCUGAUCAUCCUUCAAUUGCAAUCAAUUGCAAAACUCCCAUUGACUUGCACAGGAUCCAGGGUUCUAGGACUAAAUUUUGCCCUUUGUUGCACUAAUGCAUCUUAGGGCAAAGUUUGCUUCUUACAGUGUAAAUUCUUUGAAAUCCAAUUAGGUCAUUAUAUCAUUACUCUGGCUGGCAAAACAGAAAGUCUUGUCUUUAGCUCUGACUUGGAAUCCUAUCCUGCUUCCCUCUAAGUCAACAGCAAAACUCCAAAAUCCUCAGUAGGAAUAUGACUGAGAGCCUAAAGAUUAUUUCUAAGGCUCUGAUCAUGUAACAUUUUUCACGGAGGAUGACCCUUAUAACCACACAUAGCCCCACUGACUUCUCUUGGGCUCCAUAUGGGCCCCAGGAUGUAUCCAUGUGGAACAAAUGGCAGAAUCCAGGCCUAAUUUUUUUUAGUGCUAAGUAUGUUUAGUAAUAGCCAAGCUUUAUAUGGAUUUUCUCAAGAACUUUAAAAAAAAAAUUCAGCAAAACUCUCCAGGUUGCCUGUUAUUUAAAAAUAAUAAAUGUAGUGGUGCCUCAAUUAGCCAAAUGUCAAAAUGAGUGAAUUUGGAUAACAGAGGUUUCUAAUAGCUGUGGAAAUUUUCAGAGUAAAUAUAAAUAGACCUCAGUGGAUAUGACCCUGUUUUAGACAGCUGAGAGUUUUGGAUAACUGAGGAGCAAAUGACAGCUUUUCAGAAUUGUCAUGAACAUACAUCAUCCCACAAACAAAAUAUACUUGUGUCCUUCUCAAUAAUAAAUCUGAAAACAUUAAUUAUAUUCUAAUAUUCUUUUUUUACAGAUUACCCCGAGUGAAUAGGCUAGUAGAAUUUUGUAAAACUGGGGCAUACAUGUAUAUACAUAGUUGUGAGACAUUACAAUAAUGAUUUAAUACCAGAUUCUUCCCUUCAAUAAGCAUACACUACUCCUGUUGGCUUCACUAAGAAUUAUGUAUGCUUCUGUGCAGGCAGAAUUUGACCCUUCAUUUUUUGUUUUAAAUAAAAAAAAUAAAGUUAAAUGCUGCAAAGGUCAAGAUCUAUUGAAAUCUGUGUCUGGGAUAAAAUCUAACUUCUCAGAUCUUAAAGCACAUUUCUGGAAGUUCUAUCGCACUUUCAAAUUAAGGUCAUUUGAGAAAGCCACUGUGAAAUAACUACUACUCCAUGUCACGGAGUUAUAUAAAGUCAGGCUUUUAAAAUGUAUGUAUUCCAGUGCAGAAUAUAUUGUUAGGUAACAGUGAAAGUCUGAGCAGGUGGCAUUCCUGAGUUCUAAGCACCCCUCAGAUACUGCCCUGUAUGGUUGGUGGGAAGGGGAGGGGAAUAGAUAUGCUUUAGUUUCCCCAUUUUUAAAAAAAGUAUAAAUUGGGGUGGAGGAGAAGGGAGAGAGAGAAGACAUCCUCUCCUGGCAAAGGUGUUGGUGCUUAAGUACUUGGUGCCCAAUUGAUUAUUCUUCUCCACUUCCCAAUUCUUAAUUCAGCCCUAUGUUAAAGUCAGUGGGAGCUUUGGGUGCAUAAGGAAUGAAGGAUCAGGCCCUUCCGAUUUGUAGGCCUUGAUCUCAGCUGCUCUGUGUUGAUGAAUCUCUGGGCAACUCACUGUAGGAUCAGGAGCUAGCUGAUCGUUAUAAGAUAUUUACACUUACUGGCUGAAUAUGAGCUCAGUAACAAUUUAUUAAUGGUUUAUUUUUUGCAUUGGCUUGUUAUUUUUUUAUAUUUACAUUUGCCUUAAAAAGUUACUAGAUUAUCUCACGUGGAGAUUGUUUUUAAUGGAAAAAAAAUCUAACCCUGUCUAUAUAGUAAAUGAAUCCCAUGCUGUGGAGAGAUAGCACUGUGCAAAGGAAAGGCCAGAGAGGGGAGCUGCUGCGCAGCUUUCACCAGGGAAAGCUCCUGGUUGUCCUUGAUUAGUAGCCACAUUGUCUUUUGUUUGUUUUUCUCCUGACUGGUGAGCGGAAAACUCCUUUUCUUCUCGGCCUCAGUGCAAUGAUCCUCUCGCAGCUAGAUCAGCACUGGCUUUCCCUCAGAUGGACUUGCCGCAUGGUUUCUUGUAGCUGGGUUUGUACUGUAUGGUGUUUUGAUUUAGUAUGACUUCAUUUAUUUUGACUGUUCCUACAGAAAUCAUAAGGUAAAUGUUAAAUUUGUUCUCUGUAUAGACAACAGUACAGAAAACUCUUUUAUAAUGGAGUUUAAUUAUUCUUUUGCUAGAGUUGCAUAAUACCAAGUGACUACCAUAGAAUGGGCUGGAUUCAUCAAAGACCAGAGGCUGAGCCUUGAAAACAUGACUCUUGUGGCUCUUCGUGUAGUCCUGAGUACUCUGUAUUUAUGCUGCCACAGAAAGAACUGGUUACACUCAGAGGAGAAACACGUCAGCUGCAGGGAAGCAUGUACUAAGGACUGAAAUGAAUUUGCAGCCAAAGGAUCCACAUAAUGAAUAGAUACACUACUAUCAAACAGCUUGGCGAUGGGACAUAUGGCUCCGUCCUCCUAGGGAGAAGCAUUGAUUCUGGAGAGCUAAUUGCCAUUAAAAAGAUGAAGAGAAAGUUCUACUCUUGGGAGGAAUGCAUGAAUCUUCGAGAGGUUAAGUCUUUGAAGAAAUUAAACCAUGCCAAUAUAGUAAAACUGAAAGAAGUUAUCAGGGAAAAUGAUCAUCUUUAUUUUGUGUUUGAAUACAUGAAGGAAAAUCUUUACCAACUGAUGAAAGAAAGAAACAAACUGUUUCCUGAAUCUACAAUUAGGAAUAUUAUGUAUCAGAUCCUGCAAGGGCUUGCGUUUAUCCAUAAACAUGGGUUCUUUCACAGAGACUUGAAACCUGAAAACCUCCUUUGCAUGGGACCAGAACUUGUGAAAAUAGCAGACUUUGGCUUAGCCCGAGAAAUCCGAUCUAGGCCUCCUUAUACAGACUAUGUAUCUACAAGAUGGUAUAGGGCUCCUGAAGUUCUUCUGAGGUCCACCAGUUAUAGCUCUCCCAUUGACAUCUGGGCUGUCGGCUGUAUAAUGGCAGAGGUUUACACAUUAAGGCCUCUCUUCCCUGGUGCCAGUGAAAUCGAUACUAUAUUCAAGAUUUGCCAAGUACUGGGGACACCGAAAAAGAAUGACUGGCCUGAAGGCUACCAACUUGCAGGUACCAUGAAUUUUCGCUGGCCCCAGUGUGUACCUAACAACCUAAAGACCCUAAUUCCAAAUGCUGGCAGUGAGGCUGUUCAGCUCAUGCGAGACAUGCUACAAUGGGACCCCAAAAAGCGACCAACAGCUAGUCAGGCACUUCGAUAUCCCUACUUCCAGGUUGGGCACACACUGGGCACCUCUCUCUGCAUUCAGGAACUGGGCAAGCAGCCGAAAGAACUCCAUGAUAAAGCUGCACUGCACCAUGUUAAACCGGUCCCUCCUGCACAACCCCCUCCAAAACCCCAUGCCCAUCUCUCAUCUAGACCAUUCCAGCAAAGCCAGUCUUCCCAGUACCUCAUGUACCCGUAUAAAGCAGACUCCUUGGUGACUGACCACGGGAUCCAGUUAAGAGAGGAUGAACCCACUCAGGUGCUUCUGCCAGCACUUUGUAGUCAAGUUCCUCAGCAGAAAAUAUCAGUUGGGACAGAGAACACAAAUGGUGAACUUAAACCAAAGACUAGGCGAAGAUGGGGACACAUUAUUAGAACAAUGAAAGGUUCUGAAGAGUGGGAUGACUUGGAAGACUUUGAUUUUAGCUCUUCCCUCACCAGAAGUGAUCUGAAAAACAAGAGGCGACAGAGCGAUGAAGCUCUUUGUAGGUUUGAAAGCAUUUUGGAUCUGAAGCUUUCAGACAAUCUAGGUUCUGGCAACAGUGCCCCUUCCCAUGCAUCCUUUCCACGUCAGGACACACCCACCUUGCGAGUUUCUGCAGCCAAGCAGCAUUACUUGAAACAUUCUAGGUAUUUACCUGGGAUAAGCACAAGGAAAAGCAUAGUCUCCAGUUCAAGCAAGGAUUCUAUUACGUCUAAUCCAUGGCCCACUUCUAGUUUGCCUGGAAAAGCUUCAGGUGUGGGAGGAGGGGUCAAUGGAAUGAAUUCAGGGCACUCAGGAUCGAGCAGGUUGACCGGUGGUUAUAUCCCUUCAUUUCUGAAAAAGGAACUAGGCUCUGCUGGGCAGAGGGUUCAGUUAGCACCAAUUGCAGAUCCAUCUUCUAAUUACGCUUCUCUGAAAUCUGUCAGACCUCAUAUUGGGCGGCCAUCAUUUAAUACACCUUCAAAAAGCACACCAGCAUUAAUGCCACGUCCACCGCCAAUUCAGCCAAUCCAUGGACGCAUUGACUGGUCUUCGAAGUACGGAGCUCACCGAUGACUUGCAGAAAGCACUUUCUGUUGAAUCAGUGCACAUUUCUCAUGAAAUGGUGACCAAUGCUAGACCAUUUGCCAUGACUUUAUAAGCCUGUGAUUUAAAAAAUACCCUAUCUUCUUUGAGCAAGACAUUUCAAGACUUUUUUAAUUUUAUUUGUAUUGAUUUGAAUGCAAUCUUAUACCUUUUUGUAUAAAAUUGUUUUGUUAUAUGAUCAGGUCCAAUUAUUUUUCUUAAAACCAAUACACUUUGUAUAUAUGGCUUGAAGUUUUUGGCAUUUUAUACGAUAAACUUUGUAAUGAACUUGAUACAAAAUUAAUAUUUCCUUUGUCAGGUUCAAAUAUUUUAUAUAAGUAAAUAAAAUGUAGCAGACUGAGGCAGUAUUGCAAAAGAGAUGCAAUUGUAAGAAAGAGGCAUUCACCAAAUAUUGUUUUGUGAUUGUUAUGCUCUGAAUGGGACGUAUUGAGGCAAGGCGGUCAAUCAAACUGAAUAACCCAGCCUUAUUUUAGUGCCAUGCUGCACCAGCUGGAUGCGAUUGUCAGUCUUUCACCUGCUUGGGGCUGACUUAACAUGAAAGACUAAGGACCUGAACUUGCUCACCUUGAGGUCAAUGGCAGGUGGAUUGGGCCCUAAAUCAAUCACAGGCUUAUUGAAGGGUGUUUUUUAGCUUUGGCUGGUGUUUGUAAAUUUGUCUUCACACUGUUUGUGCUGCCUGUCAGUUUUUCAGUCCUGGGGUUGAUCCUGCAAUCCCAAGGCCAAAUCCCCACUAACCACACUGUGAGUUUGGCCUGAAUGAGACCAGCAGGAUCAGGCUGCUAGUUUGACUACAUUCCGCCUGUUUGUAAUGCUAUCUCUGUUCAAUAAGUAUUCUGUGGGUUUUCCUCGUCUGUCCUUAACUGUUGUUGUCUUUCAGAGUGAAAAUAAAACAUGCUGCAUAGGGGGCUGCUCCUAUUAGUCAGUUAUAACUUUCCGAAAGACUUCCAUGAAGCAAAGUCAGGCCCUGUUUUCAUAGGGCAAGUAGGAGCUGGAGAAAUAUUUGAGGCAAUAUUGAAUAUGACAAAGCUGGUUCACAGGCACAGUAACAGUAUUAACGAUGCACCAGCAGCGAAGUCUAAGAAACUAUAUAUGCAGCUGAUUUAAUUUCUAUUGCUUUGUUUUCCAGCCUGAUUCCCUUAAUAUAUCCAGAUUCAGUUUUUAUAAACAAGUAAACUUCAAUCAACAGUUACAGUGCUGAUUUAGCU